UUUGUUGGGGUUUUGUAUUUUGAAGCUGUUUGUUGUGUUCUUGCAUUCUCAAUGAUGUGCUUAAGUAGUUAUUAAAGUUGACUUUAUCAUCAACUCUCUUUGGUUGAUAUUCUGUUGCCAAUAUUAUUGACUGUAAUUUUGCAAGUGCUUACGUUUUCAUUUUUUUUAACAUGCAUUUCAAUAGACUUCUCACUUUCUUUGCCUCAUUUGUUGUUGGUUAUCUGAAGCUAUGUGCUAUUAAUAUGAUAAUGUCACAUUGCUAUGUAUGAUAUAAUUAGAUUUAUUACAAGAAACUAUUUUGAUUGUAAGUAACUGGCAAAUUCAUGAGUCAUAAAAAACUCUGCCACGUGUUAACAGCAGUAGCAUGAGUGUGUCCAGGUGUCCAGCACUACACUUCCUAGCAGAACUGAAUUAUAUGUAUACUAGAUACUAGACUUAUGGAUUGGGCGGUCUGGUUGUUGCACGAACAUUUAAGAAAUGAUAAGUGAAAGUGUAAAAUUGAUUUAAUGAUCUUCUAUUAUGAAGUAUUUGAGAGGAGAAUUACAUGAUUUUAUUGGAUUACUGGAUAAGUUGUUUAUUUUUAUGCUUAGUUUGCAACAUGCUUUGAAUGACUACCUUUGUUUCCUUAGAUGUAUAAGGAUAACAUAAAGUGAAACCCAAAAUGAGCAUGCUCAUAUUGCCCAAUACAAAUAUAGAUGUGAUCAACCAUCAACCUUGCCGUCUCAGGACACUUUGUUUUCUAUCUUUGAGAAUAAUAUAUCGGCCCUAUAUGUCGUUUAUGCUACUCAUACUCUUCAUUUCACCUCACGUACCAUGCCGGACUCUUAGACACUCGGACUUGGGUAUGACACCCGGACACUUCACUUUUAGUUCAAAAUCAUGGAAUUUUUUCACAAAAUAGCCGAGUUGGACGCUUGGACACAUAUUUGUGUCGGAUAUGGGUGCCCAAGUCCAAAUAACAUAGUAUGUCGUAUAUAGCUUUUUUUAAGCUUUAGGCUUUAUUACGAAGGCUAAAAUGGUUAGUAUGAAUGAUUAGAGGUGUUGAAUAUAUAUUGGUUGCUAUGGUUUUCAUUUUGAUAUUUGAAUCUAUUAAAAAUUGUCUGUACAAAAUUUAAUAUUAUUAAUCUUGCAACACCUUAGAUUUUGUUUCGGGAAAAGAAUUUGACCCAAAAGUAAUACUCUUUCCAUCCUAGAAUAUUUCAAACACUUAUUCUUUUUCAUUCAUUCUAGAUAAGUUUGAAUAUUUCCUAAUUGGGAAAGACCACACUAUUAUUGUAAUACAUCUUUCUUUCCAUUACCAAAAUGUUUAGGUCCUACUGUCUCUCACAUUCAUUAAAAUAUAUACCCAUAUCUUCUAUCACUUUCACCUUUUUGAUACCAUUAUUUCUACUCACAUCAACUUUAUAUCAAAUAACAAUUUAUAACAUCGCAAUAGCUUAUUAUUGAAAUUCUUUGCCAGAUAAGUGUUUGAAUUAUCUCGCUCAGGGAAUUUGUAAAUUACAAACUUGUCAUAGGAAUUCACACGAGCACAAUUGAAAACAUAUUUUUACCCAUGGAGUAUGUGGUUACUGAUAUUAACUGGUAGUUUAAAAUUCAAACUGGUGUGACUAUUCUAACAUUUAGGGAGAAAUGACAAAAGGGGAAAGUGUCGAAGAAAGUACCUGGCAUGUGAAAAGUUAAAGGAAAUAAAGCUGUGUCCACGAUAAUGCUCUUAUGUGAAUUUUCAAAAUAUUUCAAUUCGAUUUGAUCCAAUCCAAAAAUUUGAAUUUUCAAAAUAUUUCAAUUCGAUCUGAUCCGAUUUAAAGUGAUCCAAAUUGAUAAUUCGGUUUGGAUUGGAUUGGAUUGGAUUUCAGUUUUAAUUUGAAUAAUGGACAUUCCUAUUACUUACAACUUUCCUACCAUUUCACUUGAACUUGGAAUGCUAUUAUCAUGCUGAAAAAACCAAGUUCUUUUGAAAUAAUCUACAACUGUGUGACAGUAUCUAUAGGCAUGGUGAGUCUGUAUCUCAAAUACACCUACCACUCUGCAAGAAAGUAUCCGGAGCUCUAUACUAUCUACAACCAUUAUGAUUGGCAUCUGAGAUCUAUGUAUUGCCACCAAACAUCAAUAUGAAACUUAGGCUUGAGAAAUUUUGGAAAAUUAGAAGGGAUUUAGUGGAAGAAUUACAGACAGUAGGGGAAAUGCUCAUUCUGCGAGAGAUGUUGUAAAGAGUUGGAGCACUUACAAACCCAAGCAGGGUACCUAUCUAAUUUAUUGCCGAUUUAUGAACCAGUACUUUCUGUUGAUUGCUUGUCUUCAGUUAUGGCCACUCAUUACCCCUGUUAAUCCUGCCAGUACCUGGGGUCCACUUAUAUUUAUAUUUGCAGUAUCAGCAACAAAAGAAGCAUGGGAUGAUUACAAUCGUUUUCUUUCUGACAAGAAUGCAAAUGAGAAAGAAGUGUGGGUUGUUAGGAAUGGCAUUAGAAAGCAUAUUCAAUCUCAAGAUAUUCAUGUGGGCAAUCUCGUGUGGCUUCGUGAAAAUGAUGAAGUUCCAUGUGAUCUUGUUUUGCUUGGUUCUUCUGAUCCGCAAGGAACAUGUUACGUGGAGACUGCUGCAUUGGAUGGAGAAACUGAUCUGAAGAGAAGAGUGAUUCCCUCAGCAUGCAUGGGCAUAGACUUUGAACUACUACAAAAAAUAAAGGGGGUCAUUGAGUGCCCUAAUCCGGAUAAGGAUAUUAUGAGAUUUGAUGCAAAUCUCAGAUUAUUUCCUCCAUUCAUUGACAAUGAUUUAUGCCCUUUAACAAUUGAUAACACAAUUCUUCAGUCAUGCUAUCUGAGGAAUACAGAAUGGGCUUGUGGAGUUGCAGUCUACACUGGCAAUGAAACCAAGCUUGGAAUGAGCCGGGGGAUCCCUGAGCCCAAGUUAACUGCUGUUGAUGCCAUGAUUGACAAGUUAACUGGGGCAAUAUUUGUUUUCCAGAUAGUGGUUGUGACUGUUCUUGGUGUAGCUGGAAAUGUCUGGAAAGAUUCUGAAGCAAGAAAGCAAUGGUACGUUUUAUAUCCGAAGGAGAGCCCAUGGUAUGAACUGCUGAUUAUCCCUUUACGGUUUGAGCUGCUAUGUUCCAUAAUGAUUCCCAUUUCAAUAAAGGUAUCUCUUGAUCUGGUAAAGAGUUUAUAUGCAAAGUUUAUUGACUGGGAUCUUGAAAUGUUUGACCAAGAAACAGGUGUCCCUUCUCAUGCAGCAAAUACAGCAAUUAGUGAAGACUUGGGACAAGUUGAAUAUAUUUUGACUGACAAAACUGGUACCUUAACUGAGAACAAAAUGGUCUUCAAGAAGUGCUGCAUUGGUGGAGUUUUCUAUGGGAGUGAAAAUGGGGAUGCCUUGAAAGAUGCUGCACUUCUUGAUGCUGUUUCCAGUGGCUCUUCAGAUAUCAUCAGAUCUCUAACUGUUAUGGCAAUAUGUAAUACAGUUAUACCAACAAAGAGUAAAAGGGGAGAUGUUGUGUAUAAGUCACAAUCUCAGGAUGAAGAGGCCCUAGUUCAAGCUGCUGCUCAAUUGCAUAUGUUUCUAAUCAAUAAGGCUGCAAAUAUUCUUGAGAUAAAUUGCAAUGGGUCUUUGAUACAAUAUGAACUACUGGACGUACUUGAGUUCACCUCUGAUAGGAAGAGAAUGUCAGUUGUCGUGAGAGAUUAUCAGAAUGGGAAGAUUAUGCUAUUGUCGAAAGGGGCUGAUGAAGCAAUUUUUCCUUGUGCAAUUACUGGUCAACAUAUACGGACAUUUACCGAAGCUGUUGAACAUUAUGCUCAACUGGGAUUACGGACUUUAUGUUUGGCAUGUCGUGAGCUCAAGGAGGAUGAAUAUCGUGAAUGGUCUUUGAUGUUUAAGGAGGCUAGUAGUACUUUGGUUGAUAGGGAGUGGCGGAUAGCCGAAGUGUGCCAAUUAAUAGAACAUGACCUUGAAAUUCUUGCUGUGACUGCAAUAGAAGACCGUUUACAAAAUGGGGUACCAGAAACCAUUGACACCCUCAGAAAAGCUGGAAUAAACUUUUGGAUGUUAACUGGAGACAAGCAGGGAACUGCUAUUCAAAUUGCUCUUUCUUGCAAUUUUGUAUUCCCAGAACCAAAAGGUCAGCUCCUGUUGAUUGAUGGGAAAACUGCAGAUGAAGUUCGCAGAAACUUGGAAAGGGUCCUGUGUACAAUGAGAAUAACAACUGCUGAGCCAAAGGAUGUGGCCUUUGUAAUAGAUGGCUGGGCACUUGAAAUUGCACUGAAGCAUAGCAAAAAAGAGUUCUCUGAAUUAGCAAUACUGUCAAGAACUGCCAUAUGUUGCCGUGUGACUCCAUCACAGAAGGCACAGCUUGUACAGCUCUUAAAGUCAUGUGACUAUAAAACAUUGGCUAUCGGUGAUGGUGGCAAUGAUGUAAGGAUGAUACAGCAAGCUGAUAUUGGUGUUGGAAUCAGUGGGAGGGAAGGAUUACAGGCUGCAAGGGCAGCUGAUUAUAGCAUUGGGAGAUUCCAAUUUUUGAAGAGAUUGAUUCUUGUGCAUGGACGCUAUUCAUAUAACCGCACUGCAUUUCUUUCCCAAUACUCCUUUUACAAGUCCCUAAUUAUCUGCUUCAUACAAAUAUUUUACUCUUUUGUUUCAGGCAUAUCUGGAACUAGCCUUUUCAAUUCUGUCAGUUUAAUGGCUUAUAAUGUUUUCUACACAAGUGUUCCUGUUCUAGUUAGUGUCCUUGACAAAGAUCUAAAUGAGAGGACAGUUAUGCAGCAUCCCCAGAUCUUAUUUUACUGUCAAGCUGGAAGGGUUCUGAAUCCAAGUACCUUUGCUGGGUGGUUUGGACGGUCUCUUUUCCAUGCUAUUGUUGUAUUUAUUAUCAGUUUAAAUGCAUAUGCUGGUGAAAAAAGUGAAACGGAGCAGGUAGCUAUGGUUGCGCUGUCUGGAUGCAUUUGGCUGCAAGCUUUUGUUGUAGCUCUGGAAACAAAUUCUUUUACGAUAUUACAGCACCUUGCAAUAUGGGGAAAUUUGGUUGCCUUCUACAUCAUCAAUCUCAUUGUCAGCACUAUUCCAUCUUCAGGAAUGCACACAAUCAUGUUCCGGUUGUGUAAGCAACCAUCGUACUGGAUUACUAUGUUUCUAAUUGUUGUUGCGGGAAUGGGUCCCAUACUAGCUCUAAAAUACUUCCGCUUCACAUAUAGACCAAGUAAGAUCAACAUAUUACAGCAAGCUGAGCGCUUGGGUGGCCCCAUCUUAUCUCUAGGUAAUAUUGAACCGCAGCCUAGGCUAAUUGAGAACGAAGCUAUACCCAUGUCUGUAGCUCACCCGAAGAGGACUCCAGUGUUUGAGCCUCUGUUGCCUGGCUCCCCGAAUUCCACCAGAAGGUCAUUUGGCCCAGGGACACCAUUUGAGUUUUUCCAGACACAAGGCAGAGUGACAUUCGCAAGGAUGCUUAUCUCUACUACUUACGGGUGGUUAUCACUCAUCGCAUGGAUUCUACGUUGUGGUGGUGGUUGAUCAAACUUUGUAUUAAUUGGGAUAAAUCAAAAUCAAAAUAAAAAUGUAAUUACAAUAAAAAUUUGAAUAAAAAAUUUAUAAUGUAUUAUAAUACUUUCUCUGUUAUUCUUGUGGACA